GUCCUCCGGAGAAUUCCUAUGCUGGUACACCCCAGUGGGCCAAGUGCUUUUCAACUUGGCCAGCUCAUUGGCGCUUUUGGUGAUCGCCCUGGACCGCUACCACAAUGUGAUAUACGCGCUGGACAAAAAAUGGGACCCCAAGUUGUGGAUCUGCAUUCUAGGCGCUCUUGUGCUGUGGGGCCUCUGCUUCGCUGUUUCCUAUCCGAUGAUCAACUUCUACUUCUACGUGCCUCUAAGGCUGCCGAGCGGCGAAGACGUGAACAUGUGCACGGGAACCAGCACCAGCAGGAACGGCAUUGCCUAUUAUUACGUGAUAAUCGACGUGCUGAUCUUCGGGCCACUAGUUUCCAUGUUCUUCUGGUUCUACUACAAGAUCGCCAUUCUAAUUUGGCGACACCGCAAGCCGCUGUCUUUACGCACCGACACUAAGAUUGAGGAGUUCGAAAACACCUCUUAUACCAAAGGCUCAUCGGAAACUUCCGGCGGCUCCAACGUAAAAUCGCAAAUAAUCAAGAAAAAACGCAACGUGCAAAUGGAAAGGAAAAUACGCACCUUCAAGAUCGUCAUUGUGCUGAUUGUGGCCUUCAUCUUGUGCAGAAUGCCCUACUGGGUGUUCUGGCUUUUAAAGCUGCUAACCAGCAUCAGAAGCGGCGACGCGGUCUGGCGCACCAUCUUCAUCAUGACUUCCUUAAACCUACUCAACUGUGCUUUGAACCCAUUUCUGUACACCUACUUGAACCAGACCAUCUACGUGUGUCGCAAAAUCAACGACUUUUUUUGGUCCACCUGUUGCUGCUGCUUCUCCAAUGCGGAGUUCGACGACUACGAAAGGGGAACUCCAAUUUAUGAGGGGGUGUUGGGCCAAGUUGCCACCACCGAUCAGUGGAAAACUCCAAGAAACCGACCAGAAGUCAACCCCGGCUAUGAAAAGUUCCCUCAAGUGCCUCAUUUUCCGAAAUAUACUUCAGUUAAUCGGUAUUAGGACUUUGCACAGUUCUGAUCCUACUAUUUUAUCACUAUCCAGACUAAUAAACUGAUAAAAACACAA